AUGAUUAUCUUUUCUCUUAAUAUUAGAGGAGGUGGAAAGAGGGUGAAGAGGAAGAGAAUAGGUUAUAAUAUUCAGAAAGGUAGGGUUGACUUAGCUUUUUUACAGGAAACCAAGUUGAGGAAUGUGCAUCAUCAAUAUGUUAAGGAGUUGUGGGGAGAUGAUUGGGUGGAGUGGUCCCACUUAGAGGCCGAAGGGGCGUCGGGAGGCAUUCUAAUUAUGUGGAAGAAACACUUCUUCAAUCUUGUCUAUAGCUUUCGCGGAGAGGGUUUCUUAGGCGUUUGUGUGGAAAAGGAUAACAAAAGAAUCUACUUUGUCAAUUGUUAUGCUUCUUGUGAUCACAAGGUUAGAAAGAACUCUUGGAGGAAGUUAGUGGAUUUGAAAAGAAGGAGUGCAGUUGGUACAUGGUGUUUAGGAGGGGAUUUCAACAUGGUUACAUCUUCGGUGGAGAGAGUUGGAAUUUCGAAAAAGAAUUAUAAAAAGGAGAUGGAGGACUUUAAAGAAUUCAUUAGAGAUAUGGAGUUGGUUGACCCACCCACGAUAGGAGGGAGUCAUAAGGACUUCGUUGAAUUUGUGGAGAAGGAAUGGAACUCUUUGGAGGUGAAGGGGAGGGGGGAUUUUUGUCUAGUGGAAAAAUUGAAGGCACUCAAAAUUAAAAUUUCUUUGUGGAACAAGGAGGUGUUCGGUUGGAUAGAUCUUAACAUAGAGGAGGCGAAAAAGGAGAUGCAUUUUUUAGAUAACAAGUUUGCUCAUUUUGCAGGUAAUGUUCCGGAGGAGGAGGUGGCUAAAAGAUCCAAGGCGGCCAUUGCGUUUUGGGACAACCUUCAUAAAAAAGAAGGUUUCCUCCGCCUAAAAUCGAGACAAUUGUGGCUAGCCGAAGGUGAUUGCAACACGAGGUGCUUCCACAAUUCGCUUAAAGAGAGAAGAAGGAGGAAUUCUUUGUGCUCUCUUUUGUCAAGCAAAGGAGUGCUCGAAGAUGUUAAUGACAUCAAAGAUUUUACUUUCAACCACUUUAAGUUGUUUUUCGAGGACCCGGAGGUGGGGAGGCCGAAUCUAGGGGGAUUGGUUUUGAAGAAGCUCAAUGUUGCGGAGGGGAUGAAUAUAGAGCGUCCGUUCACGGAGUUGGAGAUUAAGGAGGCCAUUUGGUCUUGUGAUGGAAAUAAAAGCCCCGGGCUGGAUGGUUUUUCUUUAGAGUUCUUCAAGAGGUUUUGGGGUGUGAUCCGGGUGGAUGUUUUGAAAAUAUGCAAUGACUUCUAUACGAAAGGUUCUCUUGUGAAAUCAAUCACUUCUUCCUUCCUUGCUUUGAUUCCAAAGUCCAACAAUCCUCAAUCUUUAUCCGAGUUUCGCCCGAUUUGUUUGGUGGGUAGCAUUUACAAAAUUAUUGCGAAACUUUUAGCGGCUAGAUUGAAGGAAGUCAUAGGGAACUUAGUAUCUACCAACCAAACCGCUUUUGUCCCGGGUAGAAACAUGAUGGAUGGUGUCCUUAUGGUCAAUGAAAUAAUAGAUUGGUCUCGGAGGAAGAAAAGAAGUUGUCUUAUGCUUAAGGUGGAUUUUGAGAAGGCGUAUGACACCAUUUCUUGGCAAUACCUUAAAGAUACUAUGUUGCGAAUGGGAUUUGGUGCUAGGUGGAUGAGGUGGAUGGAUGCUUGUAUAUUUAACAAUCACAUGUCCGUCUUGGUUAACGGGAGUGCUACAAAAGAGUUUAAGGUGCAAAAAGGUUUAAGACAAGGAGAUCCAUUGUCGCCUUUUCUCUUUGUUCUUGCUAUGGAAGGUUUGACCGCUUUAGUGAAGAAGUCGGUAGAGGUGGGGAACUUCAAACCUUUCAAGUAUGGGGAUAAUGAUAGUGUCGAUAUCCUCCAAUUUGCGGAUGACACUAUUAUUCUAGGUGAGGCGUCUUGUGAUAACUUAUGGUAUUUGAAGGUUAUCUUGAGAGGAUUUGAAUUGGUUUCCGGGUUGAAAAUUAAUUUUGCCAAAAGCAACAUAAUAGGGGUGAAUGUUGGAGGGUGGUACAUGAACGCCGCCGUGACAUUUCUCUCUUGUAAAGAAGGUAAGACUCCUUUCAAAUUCCUCGGAAUUAUGGUGGGAGAUAAUCCUAGAAGGAAAAAGGUGUGGUUGGAAGUGGUCAAUAAUUUGAAGAGGCGCCUUUCUUCGUGGAAAGGAAGGAACAUUUCAAUGGGAGGUAGAGUUACGCUAAUCAAUUCGGUUUUGAAUUCAAUUCCUAUUUUCACUCUAUCUUUUUAUAAGCUUCCCGGAAACAUUGCCAAAGAAAUAAGGAAGAUUCAAAGUGAGUUUUUAUGGAGUGGAAAGUCCGGAAAAAGGAGUAUUCAUUGGGUUAAGUGGGAAGUGGUGUGUAGGCCUAAAGCGAAGGGUGGUUUGGGGGUUAGAGACGUUAGAGAAAUGAACAAAGCUCUUCUCUUGAAAUGGAAGUGGAGAAUCCUUCAUGAUAAUGAAGCCAUUUGGCAAAGAUUUUUUAAGGUGAGGUAUUCUUGUCCUAAAUUAAGAAUUCAAGAUAUUGGGGGUAAUUUUCAGAGAAGUGAUGAUUCCAUUUGGUGGAAAGAUAUGUGUGAGAAUAAAGUGUUGGACGACAUCAUAGAUAACGGUUUUUCCGGUUGUUUCAAAUGUUGUUGCAAUAAUGGUAUGGAUGUUCUUUUUUGGAUCAAUUGGUGGGUGGGAGAACAACCACUUUGCAUGGAAUUUCCGGAUUUGUUUGAAUUGUCAAAUGCGAAGUAUUGUUCGGUGGCGGAGGUAUUAGAGCGGAUUGACGGUUCGUUUAGGUGGAAUUUUGGGGGACUGUUUUCUGCCGGCGAUUCUCACGGCCAGCCACUCUCAGCCGCGGCAGCAGCCAGUCCAAACUGGACUCAGUUUUGCGACAGUGUUCGGGGCUUUUCUACUAGUGCGAACGGCGGUGACUCGUUCUCGUGGUCCUUGGCCGAGGGCAAGGAAUUCACCGUUGCAAGCAUAACAAGCGCCAUUGAUAGUGACAAAGUUUUCGCAUGGGAUUAUAAUUUGUUUAAUUCUUUGAAAGUAAUGUGGGAUCUAAAGCUUCCGCCCAAGAUCAAGGUAUUCGCUUGGAGAUUCUUUAUUGAUCGGCUUCCUACUAGAGAUCAAUUAUUGAAAAGAGAUGUAGCCAAUGUUUCGUGCCCGGAUUGCGUGAUGUGUGGUUCCUUCCUUGAAUCAUCUUCCCAUCUUUUUUUCAUUUGUCAAGAGGCGAAAACAAUUUGGAAAUAUGUGUUUAGUUGGCUUGGAAUUCCGGAGAUGAUGAAUGAAGAGGAUUUGCUUUGCUUCAACGUUAUUCAAGAAAAGGUGAAAUGCGGCAAGAGAAGAGUUUUAAUCAAUUUUGUGUGGGUUGCAACUAUUUGGAGCCUUUGGCUUAUGAGGAACGCAAUUAUUUUUAGGGGGGAGGCGUUUUGUUUUGACGUUAUUUGUUCUAACAUUGUUUUUCUUUCUUGGAGAUGGAUGUUUUGUGGAUAUAGCAAGUUUAGACCAACCUAUUAUGAAUGGUUUAAACUUCCCUUAUCCGACACUAGUCAUCUUUAG